CCAGAGAACUCAAGACUGGAGAGUAUCCCGACGCGACCCUCACUUUCCGGCGAGCUGGUGGCUGAUCCGUCAUCAUUCUCCCCCAUCUCCGGCAGUAUCAGGUCGGUAACUGCCGCUUUUAUCAUCAAUGAUUCUGUUAUUGCUGUCUCACUCUCUCUGAAAAUGGUCGGUCACAAGAGGCGUUUUCUUCCUCUCUUCCUCCUUGUCUCUGUUUCUAUCCUCUUCUUCUUGACUCACUUCUACUCUUCCGUUCCCCCUUCCUUCCCUUCAAACCCUAACCCUAAUUUUGCUCUUACCGGGCGAAUCUCCGACCCUAAAACCUCUGGUUUCACUCUAAUCGUGAAGGUUCUUGCUUACAAUCGCCUCGAUUCCGUGUCCCGCUGCCUUCGGUCCAUUGCCAAUGCGGAUUAUCUCUCCGACCGCGUACAUCUCCAUGUUUACAUUGAUCAUUUCCCUCACGAUGAUGCGCAUAUCAACCUCAACGAGUCGCAUCGGAUCUUGCAAUUUGUUGAUAAACUUGUUUGGAAUUUUGGGGAAAAGCUGAUUCAUUAUCGGACGGGGAACGUGGGUUUGCAAGCGCAGUGGUUGGAGGCUUGGUGGCCGAGCUCUGACAAUGAGUUUGCUUUCGUUGUGGAGGAUGAUUUGGAGUUAUCGCCGCUUUAUUAUAAGUUCCUGAGGAGUUUAAUUUUGAAUUAUUAUUAUAACACUUCGAAUUAUGAUCCUUCAAUAUACGGGGCUUCGCUGCAGCGACCAAGGUUUGUUCCAGGUAAACAUGGUAACAAAAUAAGGUUGGAUGACAGUACCAGAUUAUUUUUGUACCAGUUGGUUGGCACUUGGGGUCAGCUUCUCUUUCCAAAGCCUUGGAAGGAGUUUAGAUUGUGGUAUGAUGAGCACAAGGCGAAGGGCAUCAAGCCAAUACUUGAUGGCAUGGUGACAACAGGAUGGUACAAGAAGAUGGGAGAAAGAAUAUGGACUCCUUGGUUUAUCAAAUUUAUUCAUUCUCGUGCCUAUUUUAAUAUCUACACCAAUUUUUUACACGAGAGAGCACUGAGUACUUCUCACAGGGAUCCUGGUGUAAACUAUGGAAAAACAGCUGGUCCUGAUUCACACUUACUGGAUGGAAGUUCACUUGAUUUCGAUCUCCUGGAGAUGAAGCCUCUAAGCGAUCUGAAACGGUAUGAUUUCUGCUUUAGAGAAGUCAUUCCUCAAAGAAUUGUUAAAAGCAAGAGUGAGCUUGGUUCUGUUCUCCACUCCGUUCAGAAACAUGAAAACAUAAUCAUUGUGAGUGUAUUUGGCGUAUCAGAGUCCACUGUGAGGAAUUUUCUUUGCCAUUUUGAAAGGUUGAACAUAAGAAACUAUAUUUUGUUGGGCCAUGAAUCUGAGUUACUAUAUGAUCUAACAAGAAGAGGACACCCAGUAAUUUAUGCAGACCAAUUUCUGAACACUGUCAAAACUUUCAGUUCUACGGCUUCUGAAGGCACCACAGCUGAACUAGUGAAGUUAGUUCUAGCGAAGUUCUACAUUGUUAAGUCAUGCUUGGAACUUGGUUACAAUCCUGGAUUGGUAGAUGGAAACAUGGUUUUUGUCAAUGGUGAUCCAUUCACAGACUCGAGUCUUGCGGACGACAUCUUUUGUGGCCAGAGUGUCGAAAUUUUCUUCAUUAAAAGCUCAUCCUCUGCUCAAAAGAUGUGGGUUAGUCAUAUCGUCCCCGAGGCUGAAGCCAUGGUAGAGUCUUUGAUGAGUAGAGGUGCCUCGUCUAGAUACGACAUUAGUUUCGUAGGCAUAGCUAAUAAGUUAUUGGAACAACAUGGUGCUAAGUUCAAAACAGCUGAGAAGAUGAGCUUUGUUGUGAAUAUUGGUAACAAUCCUACCAACGCGUCAUUAGGUGAUGGGAAAAGGCUGCUAUUUUGGCCUGCUGAUAUGAACGUUAAUCAUGUAGAGAAACGACUUGAGGAACUGGGUUUUUGGAUCAUUGAUGGUGACUUUUCUUGCAAAGCUGUUGUCUGUAAUGGAUUGUAGUACUCUAUCUUUAGCAAUGUCCAAACAAUAUUCUUUUUUAGUGACCCUUUUCUUUUAUACUGAACUCUAUAAGAGAUAUUAUUUGAGAUUCGAAUCUUGUGCAUGGCCAAUUUUGAGCUGAUGAGUUCUCGUCCGUCCUUCGUUGAUGUAUAUGUUCGGGUAAGAUAUACAGGGAUGAACUCGGUCUCGCAAUCUGAGAAGUUAUUUUC